AAGUUUAUGUAGGAAGUAGUGAGAUAUAGUUGUUAUGUUGGUAUUUGAAUUGGUAUAAUACGUAAACAGACACUUAAUUUCGAACUCAGCCGAAAAGUAAUGACCAAUUUUGAUAGUGCACAUCUAUAUACCUCAACUCGUCUCCUUUGAGUUUGUUGAACGCUAAUAACAACAACAACAUACCCAGUGUAUUCCCACAUAGUGGGUUUUGGGGAUAGAAAUGUGUAUGCAGACCAUAGCACUACCUACCUAGGAUGAAGUAGAGAGGUUGUUUCCAAUAGACCCCCGACUCAAAACAGAUAACAGUAUAACAAACAAAAAACAUAAAAGCACACGACAAAAUGAGAUAACAUACAACUAGCUAAUACAGGAAAUCAGACAACCAUAAGAUACCAAGAAAACUCCUGGCGGAGACAGAGCACUCUUCUCUACUAUAAAAGACGAACUCCUACCCACUAUCCCUCUGCCCUAAUCCGCGUCCUCCGUAAGCUGUAAAUGCACCAUAUCAUGCCUAAUCACCUCCCUCCAAUAUUUCUUCAGCCUACGUCUACCCCGUCUAAAAUCAUUGGUAGCCAGUCUUUCACACCUCGUCACCUCCUAACUUACAAACUGAUCAUAUAGACACCUUUAUAGACACCUUCAAGAUUUAUGUGAUAUGUAAGUUUCGGGGGAGUGUUUAGUUGCCCAUUGAAAUGAAGUUGAUGUAGGAAGUACUAACAUAGUUGUUGUACUGAUAAUUGAAUAGGCAUAAUACAUGAAUAUAUACUUACAUUUGGCCUCAGCUGGAAAGUAAGGCCUUCAAUUUUGAUACUGCAUCUAUAUAUCUUAACUCGUCUCCAUUGUGUUAGUUGAAAACUCCAACUUACAAAAUAAUCGUAUAGACACCGUCAAUAUUUAUGUAACAUGUAAGUGUGGGGUAAGUGUUUAGCUGCCCAUUGGAACGAAGUUGAUGUAGGAAGUACUAAUAUAGUUGUUGUGUUGAUAAUCGAAUAGGCAUAAUACAUGAACGUACACUUACAUUUGGCCUCAGCUGGCAAGUAAGGACUUCAAUUUUGAUAGUGCACAUCGAUAUUCCUUAACUCGUCUCCAUUGUGUUAGUUGAACACUCCAACUUGCAAAAUGAUCAUAUAGACACCUUCAAGAUUUAUAUGACAUGUAAGUAUUAGGGGUGUGUUUAGUUGCCCAUUGAAAUGAAGUUGAUGUAUGAAGCACUAAUAUAGUUGUUUUGCUGAUAAUUGAAUAGGCAUAAUACAUGAACAUACACUUACAUUUGGCCUCAACUUGAAAGUAAGGACUUCAAUUUUGAUAGUGCACAUCGAUAUACCGCAACUCGUCUCCAAAUUUUGAAAUAAAAACCCUAGCCGCCACAAAAUUCCCUCAACAAUGGCGAUGUUUACACUUACUCUCCCUCCCCCUCUACCCAAUUUUCUCCCACCGGACACCAACUCCCCAUCGGCGCAGCUUACACAAGCCAAUUAAACUAUUUUCGUAGCCUUAGCCAUUCCAUUUCCUGUUCGACUCAGCCGGAGAAGGAGCCAUUUAAGCUGAUAACAGAGGAGAAGAUUCUAGAAGCAGUAGCCGAUUUCAAUGGCACCGAGAAAAGUAUACCGUGUUUGAGAACUUAUGAGAAUGAUUUGGCAAGACUUACGCUGAUUGGCGCUGUUGAUUUUGAACAAGCACUUACAACUGCGGCAACGGAUGGUGGUGAAGCUGCUGGCGAACAGAUUGUUGCAGGUGUUAAUGCUAUGGUUGUUGCAACGUUGUUUCCAGGGUAUAUGCGCAGUACUGUAUCUACUAGAUUGUGUGUCAAAUGUUUGACAUCUGGCAGUUCUUACCAACAAGAAAGGUUAUGGAGAAAGCUCAAAAGCUUAGAAGUACUCUAACUAAUGAGAUGCUUUCCGGCACGACGUCUACUAAUAUACUUGCCAUGACAUUUAGACAAGUGACUCUGCAACAUCUUUGGAACUUUGAACUAGUACUUUUUAUACCAGUAGCAGAAAGAAAUAUGGAUGAUCUUGAAACUCCGAGAGAGCAGGUACCUCCAUCUUUUGCCAUCACCUUAUCAGAUGAACGAGUCAUUUCUUUUAUUACAGAUGUUAUUUGUAUUUCUGCUCUCGAAAGCACUAAAAGACAUCUGUUUGAUGAAACUCCUGGAGGAGUAGCAAAGAAGUUUUUCCCCUGGUUUCACAAACAUAAAAGCAUUAUCUCAAAAGAUUCCGCUGUUACUCUAUACAACUUAAUGGAAUGUGAGAUAGUUGCAAAUGCCGAUAUUUUACUCCAGAAAUUUUCAUCAGAAAGGGCGAAUUACAGACCAAGGGAGGGAAGAUGGAUGGUCAUUUGGUUAACUUCAAAUGCAUACUCCAAACUGGAACAAACUGCAGGCCCUGAACUUAUUGCUUGGCUUAGUGAGUAUGUACCUGCUUACAAAUUGCAGAUUGAUGCUGAGAAACUUGGCAAUGUGAAAUUUGAAGGGUGGAAGGAAACAACAACAAACACAUGGGAGGUUUUCCUAACUCACUCCCAAAUGGUUGGUCUAACUGACAUUCUAGAUAUAUGUUAUGAAGAUGUCUAUACACUUCCCUACAAGGAAUUGUCAUCGGGUGUUGUUGCAAAAUCUUUCAAGAGAAGCAUUUCUAUGUCAAAGGCAAUCUCCAUGGUCCUUGCAAGUGGAGUUUUUCUUGUUGCCAUAAGAAUUCUUGGUCAACGUUAUCUUCCUCAUUUCCCCAUUAACAAGUAUCCAGUCAACUCAUCUGACAUGAUCUCUAUUCAGCAUCAGUCUAUGGAAUCUAGCGAGGAGAAUCAGGGAAUUUUAUCGUUGGCCUGGAGAUGUAGUGGUGGGUUCUGGAAGCUCUGCAUGGAUUGGGGAGCUUCCGAUGUACCUGAAGCAUGAGAUGGUUUCCAAAGAUUCAGAUCUUAAUUCCAACUCAACCCCAUCAGAAGGAAUUGAAGAUGAGAUGAAAGCAGCUGCACAAGAUAUUGCUAGUUAUCAGGUUGUUUUAUCUCGGGAUGGUAAAAUUGUUGAAUUCUAACCUACAAAUCGCGUUGCUGAAAAUCAAUGGGCAGCAAACCCUUUAGUGGAAGAGUUCUGUGGAAAGAGAAAACUUGUUCCUGGCUUGAUACAUUGAGGUCUCAAGAUGAUAACCCGCCCCAAUGAUGUUGUUGUACUGGAAUUAUUGAUGUCAUCAAAUCCCCAAAGUUCAUUUGCUUUGGUCAGACCAGUUAACUGCAAUUAGUAUGUGAACAUUUUUGCAUUUGCCACAUUCAAUAUUUGUACAAUAGUUACAGUGCUGGGCAAUAUUUUUCCCUGGUAUGAAGGAUUAAGGGAAGUUAAUGUUUCCUUUCUGUUUCUUCUUAUCCGGUCCCCUCCUUAAUAUACUGUAAUGUGAGUUCAGUUGGCAUCGCUGCUGAUGCGUAGUGUGGUUGAAGAACAACUUUUGUUUUAUGCCGUUAAUGCAAAAGUGGAAAAGUAACAUUUUUGACAUUUAUAAA